AUGGAUUCGGACUGGCCCUUCGCAUCGAGACUCCACCACACCAGCCUCCCGGAGGAGCGCCGCCCCGGCUUCCGGGAGCAGGUCGAGAGCCUCCAGGGGGCGAGGCAGUACCAAUGGGAGCUGCAGUCGGCGUGGGCGCGUCUGGCCGCCCGAACUCCCCUCGCGGAGGAGGAGGUCAAGGAGCAGAAGAACGCCGUCAAGCUCUGCCUCAAGGAGAUCAACCAGAUCUCCGACGACAUCAAGAAGGAGGAGGCCCACCUGGCCGCAAUGGAGGACGGGCGCGAGCCCGCCGAGGAGAUCCUCUGGGCGCGAUCGAAGCACUGGGAGAUCCCCGAGGACCUGCGGCCCAAGCCGGUAAGCAUCAUCUAUCUGCCAGUGGAGUUCUGGGCCCAGCGGGCGGAGGCGUCGCGAGCGCGAGAAGCAGCGGCGUAUGCGAGGACGCUGCGCGGGAGGGUGAGGGCGGGGUUGAGAGUGGUCGGCGGCGUGUUUUCGAGGGAGGCGUGGGUGCAAGUUUUUCGGCGUGGCGAGCAGGAGAGCAACGACAGCGACCGCAGCAGCAGCAAGAGAGAGAUGGACCCGCGAGAAGCGAGACUCCCCGUCAAGUUGACGCUACCGAGCGCGACGACCGCGACGGACUGCUCGGCGACGGUGCCGGCAACGCUGUCGAUUCCGGAAGCGCGGUUUCCCCAGACGCAGCAAUUAACACCCUCGUGGCAUGACUCUUAUCGAACGCUGUCGCCUUCGACGAGCGAGGACUCGGGGCCGCCAGCUUCGCUGAUGAUGGAUGAGACGAUGCUGGAACCGGAAUCGCCUCCUGAGCCAGAGUCUCUACACGCAACAUCCGCCAAAAUGGACAUUUCCCUCCCGCUGAGGUACGCCAAGUAUCGUGGACUCGUAGGCCUGAAGAAGAACAGAAAGCUCGAACAGGUCGGAAAGGGCAAGGGAAAUAUGCCGGAGAUCGAGGAAGAGAGCGAGGAUGAAGAGCAGACGAAGAUACCGGAGAUCGAGGAGGAGUCAGAGGGUGAAGAGCAGACACAGGAUUACUAUCAGAUUCUGUGGGCGGACUUCGGAGAAGGUGGGUUCUCGGACUCAGCAGAGAGAUUUAUGCGAGGGACGAUGGAACUCCCGCGCAUGCAGACGCCAGGCUGGGGCUUGCACACCCAGCGACUCAAGGACAUCGGCAAGGGAAAGAAGAACGUCAGAUUCGACGUUGAGGAUGAUGAUGAAGAGGCGCCAGCUCCAAAGGAUAUUGAAGCCGACAAUGAGUCGCACAAUGAAGACGACGAUGAGGACAAAGAGAACGAACCUGAAGUGAACGUACCCAAAGAGGAAGAGGACGGCCCCUACCGCUCCAUCUUCGACGACCUCCCUCCCGACUCCUUCGAAGGCUCCAUCCCAGAGCACAUGACCCGCGGCCAGAUCUUGAUGCCGCUAGAAGGCGAAUACAUCUACAACGGCGAACCCGACUCCGGAGAAGAAGACGACAACGAGUUCGAAGACCAGCAGCAGCAGAUCUACGACGGCGAUAUCGACUCGGACGAAGAGGAUGAUUACGGCUUUUUUGAUGAGUCGGAUCUCACCUACGAGCCGUCGGUGCAUAGCAGCCUGGUUGUCGAGGUUGAUGAGGAUUCGGAGGGGAACUGGGAGACGGAGUCUGAGUUUGAUGGCGAGGAAGAGGAUCCGCCUAGAAACGCAAAUCAGGGUGUCCGUGAGAGAGCGCGCGGGAAUGCGCAACAGCACGCAGCUGAACAGGCAUCCGCGAACGCACUAUUGAAUGCGAUUGAAGACACAGUCGACCACGAUUCCGAAGCGAGUUGGGUAUCCGAUUCUGAGGACGCGGAAGAGAACGUACCAGAGACCGCACCUGAGGAUGCGCCUGACUUUUACCUUGACAUCGCAGUUCCUCCAGCAGCAGCGAAGACAGCAGCAGCAGAGCAGAGCAGCGAGAGCCCAGAACCAAACACGAGCGAGCAAGCGAGCAGACCAAGCAGACCGAACCGAACCGAACCGAACGAGAGUCCCGAAAGCGGACCAGCACAAGCGAAUUUCUUUUGUAUCGAUGGGUUGAAGUUUGAUGGGAGGCGUUCUGGAUCAGAAGAGAGAGAUACCCAGGCUUGA